CUUCUUGGCAACUGAAAUUUAUGCUGUCGUGAUCCGUUGCCAACCAAACCGGCUGUGGCGCUGCUGACGAACGCGCCCGCACUGCACCAAACAAAACACCCGAAGCACCCUGCCCCUACCCAAGCAAGGCACAACAACAACAACAACAACAACAAAACAACAACAACAUCAACAACAGUCAAGAGGGGGAGGAGGAGCCUGUGCGUGGCAAGGAGGGGAAGGACAACCACCAUCGACAACAGCAAGGCCACAACAACAGCCGUGGCGUGAUGGAGGACAUCAUCGCCAACGUGGUGCAGCGCGCCUUUGACGACGGCGUUGCAGAGGCACACCACCACUUUGGCGCGGAGAAGCCACUGGUGCCCAUCAUGAUGGAUAGCGCCCUGUCUGGACUCGGAUGGACCAUGGAUGGCCUGAGACAGGCACUUCUCGUCUGCGACCUCUCUAAUAAGCGGUUGACACAGGUGGAUCUGCUGCAAUUCUACAAGUACCUGCAAGUCAUCAACUUGUCCAACAACUUCCUUCAAGACUUCCGCGCUGCGCUGUCGCUGGUGGACCUCAUCAAGGCAGACGUGUCCCGGAAUCGCCUGACCGAGCUCGACUUCUGCAAUUCCACAAAGCUCAAGACACUGGACGCGGGGAGGAACAGAAUUGCAACGCUGGACUCCCUCGGCUCGUUGCCGAGUCUUCACAUCCUCAACCUCGAACACAAUUUGCUCACCACGGCUGCCGGGCUAGAGGGGUGCCGUGCGCUGCGGAAACUCGACCUCUCCCACAACGCAAUCUCCUCGCUCCGUGAUAUUGGCCACCUGCCACACCUCCAGGAGCUGCGCGUGGCAAACAACCGCCUGUCGUCACUCGAUGGCGUGGAGAGCCUCUCAUCCCUUCAUGUGCUUGACGCUUCACGCAACAAGAUUUCGGACACGUGCGCUCUGCAGCACCUCACACAACUGCAACGGCUGAAUCUCUCGCACAACAGCUUGCACGACCAGGCGAGCGUUCGCUACUGCACCGACCUCAAGUGGCUCAUUGACGUCAACUUUAUCGGCAACCCCUUCCAGAGUGCCCGCGAGUAUCGCCUAUCACUCAUCUUCCGCUUCAAAGCGCUGACGAAACUCGACGGCAAGCCCGUCACCGCAGACGAGAAGAGCGCUGCGGAGAACCUGUGCCACCCGUCCCCGCGCGUGACGGCCGCCGUCGACCACGCCGUGCACCUCUCGCACCGCAUCUUCAAUGCCAUGACGGUGCAGCACACCACGCUGGCCCACCGCGGCGCCCUGUAUCCGCUCAUUGUCGUCACGGGCCCGGAGUGGAGCGACGUCGUUAAGGCACGGCAGCACCACAUCAGAGCGCACCAGGCACUCGCCCCUGUGGACGUGACGACAACGGCACUUGAGCUUCCGGGAACGAAGAACGUCCGAGAGAAUGAGUUCACGAUGCUCGCGGACGACGGCGCCAUGUACCUCUCGUACCAGUGGGAUGAGGAUCGGUUUGGCAUUGAGGUUGCGGCAAUCGAGGCAGUGGCUGCAAAAGGACAGGUGCCCAUCCUGUGCAUGCACGAGCGUGGCGUUCACUCCAUGAACCUUCCUGGCUUUGGCAUCCUCGUCCUCGUCACAGACCAGCGCACCGCCACCAGCCUCACCUCGGGCUACCUCCCGAGCAUGGAGUUUGCGGCUGCAAUGAGCGAGGAUGCAGACGACAUUAUCGCAUACGCCAUCAAAGAAUUGCACAAGGACCCGGCCAUUGUGCUUGCAAGACAAAAGAGCUAGAGCCGUGUGUGUGUCUGUGUCUGUGUCUG